AUGCCGCUCAGGAUCGUCACCUGGAACGUCAACGGCCUGCGGGCGAUAUCCUCCAAGUUUGGCGGCGUCCGCCGGGUGCUGGAGGCCCUGGAGCGCUGCGACGUGGUGUGCCUGCAGGAGACCAAGCUCACGCGGUCGGAGCUGGACCACGACCUGGCGGUGGUGCCUGACUGGGAGUCCUACUUUGCGUUCUCGCGGUCGCGCAGCGGCUACUCGGGCGUGGCGACGUUCUGCCGGAGGGGCGCCACAGUCCCUUCGGCGGCCGCCGGCGGGUUCGCGGGAUGGCAAGAUUGUGAUGACCUGGAUGACCUCCUGCCUGGCGAGCUGGACGCCCUUGACAGUGAGGGCCGCUGCGUGAUGACUGACCAUGGGCAAUUCGUCCUGCUGAAUAUCUACGCACCUGCCAUCACAUCCACAGAAAAUAUGGAACAAAGGAUGGAAUUCAAAGUCCAGUGGUAUGAGGCCCUCCAUCAAAGGGCCGCUUCCCUGGUGCAGCAUGGCCGAAACGUGGUCAUCGUUGGGGACUUCAAUGUCAGCCUCCAUCCAGAGGAUACAGUCCACAGGUCAUUCUUGAUGCACCUUUUCCUGCAACUCACAUAUUGCUAUUUGUGCUGCAUGUUGUGUACUGUGUCUGCUACUGUCUGA